CCUUUCCCAUUGCAAACGAUAAGCAUAAUAAAAUUGUUUAUAUUUUGUUUUAAGAAAUCGAUAACCUAUAAAAUAUAUUUCAUGACUUUGAUAUUCUGAUAUUAUUUGUUUUUAUAACUACUUAGAGAAUUGCUCAAUUCUUUUUGCUGAUUAGUUACAUAUGCACAUUAUUUAUAUUCAAAAUAACCACCUAAUAUUUAUUAUAACUACUAUCGGGUGAUGUCUACCUCCAGUAGUAUCUCGCAGUCUGCAUCGGAGCCAGAGACACCGCAAAGUACAAAUCAGAGCAGGAUUCAAAAUUUUGACCAAUCACUCAAUCAUGUGGAGUUAGGGCAUAGCAUUGAACAGUCAAUGAAGAGUGCACAAAAAGAAAUUCAUCAGAAGAGAAUACAGUCAUUGAGGAAAGAGCUUGAUUACUUAAAAUCAACAGAAUGGCAAUUUGAAUUUGAUAAGGGUUUUGUACAAUAAAUUUCAAUAUGCUUUCAUAUUUGCUAUCAUUUUUCAAUAAUUUGUUUAGCAAUGAUGCAGAAGAAGAUGAUAGUGUCAAAGAGGAAUUCUUAGCAGAACAACUUCUAGAUUUAGAAAUACAUUGUGAACAAAAUGACAGUGUAUCUAAACCAAUAGAACAAGCAGUACCCCAAAAUGCUAUAUGCUUCCAAAGAACAGGUAACUUAUACAAAGCAUAUUUUACAGGGAUUGUUACAUAUGCUGAAAAUAACUAUAUACUAAUUGAUGGAAUGAUCUAUUUUGAAUUACCAAAUAGCACUUUAAAAUUGAAUAUAAAUGAUAAAGUUCUUUAUUUGGGCUACAAAAAUUCAGAUGAUGGUAUAGUUGUUGUAAGAAUUCUGGAGCAUAUGGGAAUAUGUUGGACGGAUGACAAUGAAGUUGAAGAAAACAGUUUUAAUGUUAUAGAACAUAUUUUGGUUGGAGAAGUUGACUACAGACAAGACCGUUUUGUUUACAUUAAGGAUAAUGAUAUUAAAUUUAGUUUAGACACAGUAGAAGGAACUAUGAUUCCUAUAAAAGGGGAUUGGCUGGAAAUAAAAUGUACAGUUCAAUGGGAUGAGAAUAAACCAUCUGAUAUAUCAGCAGCACAGGUUUUACAAGUAACAUCCUUCAGACCAUUGAGAACUAAAAUAAAAAGUGCAAUUAUCACCUACUGGUCUGAUGAUUCUGGAAUAUGUGAUAGACAAAUUUACUUCAACAGACACUGUUUACAAAAUGGUGAGCCUAGAGUUGGAGACAAGGUAAUGGUGGAAGCUAUUGAGAGUAAUCAAGGACUAUGUAGUUGGCGGGCCAUUAAAAUGGUUAUUAUUGAAGGCCAGGUGAAUCAUACUGUUGAAUUAAAAACUAAUGAAAUUGAUGAUCAUGAUGUAACAUUGAGCCUAGAAAAAGAGAAAAAUAUAGAUAUAACUUAUCCUCUACAAUUUGAUAAAGUUAAUGUUAAUCAGUCAGCAUUAAUAACUUUGAAUGUAAUAAAUAAUAGUAAUGAAAUAUAUGUUUUAAACAAAUGGAUAAUCCUUUCUAAAAAGAGGGAUUCACAAGUCAACAUUAAGCCUUUCAUGAAUCGGCCAGAGAAAAUUUAUCCGGAACAAACAUUCAGCCUAACAAUCACUUGUAAUCCCAAAUUUCUGGGAAAAACUAAGGAAUGCCUUCUAAUGUUAUUUAAGGGAUUCGAAGUGAAAAGGUUUAUAGAAAUAAACAUUGUGGAUGAGAAUAUAUCAUCAGUUCUAAAUGGAAAUACAUAUUCCAAUUACAAAUCGGAAAGUGAUAGAUUAUCUAUAAUGAAAAAAAUAAGAAAAAAUAGUAAUAUAUCAUUUGUGCCUGGAAUAAAGCCGGUGAAGCCCCCUGCUUUUGUACCUGUAAAAGUAGGAAAUUUUCCAAUUCCUGAUAAAGUUUGGAGUGCUGUAUUAGGAGAUUCAGAUCAAACUAUAUUCAGUUCAGACUAUAAAACGAUCCUAGAUAGGAUUGAGUUAAACUUUUUUCCUUUUUUGUCCCAAGACUUAAAUAUCAAUAAUUACAUUGAUAAAUGGCAUACUUUGCUAUAUAUGGAAGAAGUACAAGCUAACAUAAAUAUUAGGGCUUAUGAUAUGCCAAAAGCAUUCUUAAUUCAGCGUCAAGACUAUCUUAUCCUCGAAAUAAAGGGGUUGGCUGAGAAAAGACCAUCUCUGGUGAAAGGAGAUAGAGUUAUUGUUAAGGAUAUAUGGAAUGAUAAUUCUUCACAGUUUGAGGGCUUUAUUCAUUGUGUGAAAAAUGAUAUGAUCCUAAUGAAAUUCCAUCAGCAAUUCCAUGAAACAUAUUCUGGCAGCGAUGUUUCUGUUGAAUUUCAUAUAAAUAGAUCAGUAUACAGAAGAUCUCAUCAAGCUAUUAAUUUAGCUAUUUCUAAUUUAGGGCCGGAUAUCUUGUUUCCAAGUCGUAUUUCUCUACAUUCAUAUCAAUUGCCACAAGAUAAACUCAGGACAAUGAAGUGGUUUAAUUUAGAUUUAAAUACUGGGCAAAAAGCAGCUGUAACCAAUAUUCUACUUGGCGAGUGUAGACCAUUACCUUAUUGCAUAUAUGGACCGCCAGGUACAGGUAAAACCGUGACUGUCAUAGAAACAAUUCUUCAAAUACUAACUCUUUUACCAGAUAGUAGAAUUUUAGUUGCUACCCCGUCAAAUAGUGCAGCAAAUUUAAUUACUGAGAGGCUUGUGGAAUUCAAAAAUGUAUUCUCAAAUUCUAUUAUACGACUAAUUGCUAAUUAUUUAUUAGAUUCUGAUAACUUUCCUGAUGCAAUCAAACCUUACUGUGCCACUUUAGAUAUAGCCAAAGAAUAUACUGCGAAGUCUAAACAUAUUAUUAAAAAUGGUAUAAAUCUCAAUUGUUCAACAUCAUAUAUUGGAAGACAUAGAGUAACAAUUGGUACAUGUUGUUGUAUCGGUGCAUUGAGUCUAAUGGGAUUGCCUAAAGGUCAUUUUACCCAUAUUAUAGUUGAUGAAGCUGGUCAAGCAACGGAACCAGAAGUAAUGAUACCUAUGACAUUUACUGACAAAGAUAAUGGUCAAAUUAUAUUAGCUGGUGAUCCAAUGCAAUUGGGUCCAGUAGUAAUGUCAAAAUAUUGCCAAUAUUUUAAUAUGAGUGAGUCCUAUUUAUCAAGGAUACUAGAGACUUUCCCUUAUCAAAAAGACUAUAAUGCAUAUGAAAAUGGAUUCGAUAAUAGACUAGUUAUGAAAUUAAAUGAUAACUACAGGUCGCUACGAGAAGUAUUGACAUUACCAAGUGCAAUGUUUUAUGAUGCAUCUCUAGUUCCAAGAAUAAAACAAGAUCAACAAUGGAUCAUUAAAAUAUUAAAUGUCAUAUCUGAAAUUUUUGACACAGCAAAUGAAAGGUCUGCUGGUAUUUAUGUUUAUGGCAUCAAAGGGGUAAACCUUAGAGCAGAAGACAGUCCUUCCUGGUACAAUCCAUAUGAAGCUUCAAUGGUGGCAUUGACAGCAUGUAAGCUGUAUAAAAAAAAUAUUACUCCAGAUGAAAUUGGAAUAAUAACUCCAUAUCUAGCCCAGAUAAAACAUUUACAACUACUGUUUGAAGCAAUGGGAUUGCCACAACCAAAAAUUGGUACAGUUGAAGAAUUUCAGGGCCAAGAGAGACCUAUCAUACUUAUUUCAACUGUCCGAUCAUCCGCAUCUCACAUAUCUGAUGAUAUAAAACAUACAUUGGGUUUUAUAAAGAACCCAAAACGAGUCAAUGUAUCUUUGACUAGAGCUCAAGUUGCUGUUAUCCUUUUCUGUGACCCACAUCUUCUUUCUAAAGAUCAUUUGUGGAAUCGGGUCAUAAUGCAUGCUGUAAGUGAAGAUAAAUAUAUAGGUUGUAACUUACCUUCAAGAUUCCUUAAUAUAAAUACAGAUUAAAAAUGAAAUUGUUUUCAAUUAAGAAAAACCUACUCUUUGUAAGCGCUUCUGUCUAAAUAUUGUUGGUGUGGAAAAUUAGUAUAAAUACGUAGCGACAUUUUUCGAAGUCGGUUACCAAGAUCCAAGAUUAAACAAGACUCAUAAUAAUUUUAUUGUUAACCGGGACUUAAAACGAAUAAUUUUAUGGUAAAUAAAGUUAUUCUCUACAUUUCGACAGUCAGCUAGCUAGCUAACUGCCUAGUCCAACGGCCGGCUAGUGCAAGCUAAUCAAAA